AUGGGAUUUUUGAGUGGUGUGCUUAGUAACAUCAAAGAGCAUUUAGGGCAGCAUAAAGAGACAAUUACGCCUGUAAUAAAGGUACUUGACACCAAUAAACACGCCGGUAAAAAAGGUUUUAAUGCUGCGAUUGCGGAGGUGGUCGCAGGGGUGCGGGGGUAUAAUGGUAAAGUAAAGACAUCAAAUGACCUUGUUAAAACGGCAAUUAAAAACCUUCAAAGAGGCAUGAAAAACUAUAAAAAAGAAGAGUUACAAACUAAAUUGCCGAAUAUAAUUGAUAAAGAAAGGCCCAUGACUUCCACAGAAAAAAAUUUGACACAGGCAAGUUCCUUGGUGGAUCAGUGUCAAAAAUAUGCAAAAGACUUUAUUACUGCUGUUGACAUCAAUACAAAAACAGAUGCAACAAAAAACGCGAUAAAAGACUUAAAUCCCAAAUUGCGUGAUACAAUUGAGAACGUGCGUAAGAAUAUGCAGCAUGAGAGUAAGCGUCUUAAGGAGUUGUCGAGUAAAGAGAGUAAGGAUUUAGAGGCAACGGAAGAUAAAAUUAAGAAGACGUUGAGCAGUUUGAAAGUGAACGUCGACUGUAGAAUUGAUGCGCAAAUGAAGGAGCUGAUUAAAAAGUUGAGUGAGAGGGUGCAGAAGAUUUUGAAAGAGUUGAAGAGUAUUGAGAAACAACUGCUGGAUUAUGUUAAAGAGUUGUAUACGUGGCUUGAGGAUGCUAGGAAGUUAAUUAACGAGGCAGAUAAAGAGGUUGACAUAAUUUUGAAACAGGUUAAUGAGCCAGCGGAGAGGGAACCAGAGAACAAAAGAAAAGAGAUCGAGAAAAAGGUGCAGGAAAUUGGCGACGGUAUAGAUGCUAGAAUUGUUGAGCUGACUAAGUGGAAUGCUGCGGGCACGGAGGCUGUUCAAAAAGCGAAGCAGAAGUGUACGGAGAUUGGUGAGAUGGUUGAGACUGAAAGUGCAGGUAGUGACAAAAUUUAUAAGUUAGCUGAGACAAUGAAAGAGAAGGCUGAGAAGCUGAGAAAGGCGGCGGAGCAUAUUAAGGGCAAUAUUGGUACAUGGGUUAAAGAUGCUCUAACGCAGGUGAAAGAGAUGGACGGGAAGCUGAAAGAGGAUUUGUGGAAGGUGAAGGAGGCGGUGGAGGGGCAGGUGACGGAGAUUAAAAAUAAGAUUGGGAAGUUGUAUGAUAAAUUUGAUACAAAUGGCGGAGUACAUGAUAAUGGAAAGACAGUAGGAAAACUGAUCGAACAUCUCAGAGCACAGCUCAAGGAUAUUACAGGGAGUGUGGGCGUUAGGGGAAAACCAACUAAAGGUCUUAUGGGCAUGGUAAGUGGAGUGAGAUGGACGUAUGUUGAGGGAUUCAAAGGUAGGUUCACGAAUGCAGUAAGUACAAUGGUUGAUAAUAUCUUGAAAAGCGAAAGAGGCGUAAAGAAAUAUGUUGACUUCUACAUAGCUCAAAACCAGAAAAAAGGUGCAUUGAGCAAACAGGAUGUAACCCAGGAAGUUAACAAACAAAUAACUCAACAGCUUCAAGCUCUUGUAGAAAUGACUCAUGACAAAGCAAACGGUGACGUGGUGAAAGAUUUACACGCUGUCGAAAAGUGUCUCACGGAUUUUUCGAAAAACCUAGAUGGUAAGGUUACAAGCAUAGUCUCGGCUGUUGGCAAAGCAACUUUGUCUGCUGCUAAUCUAUGCGAUGAGACAGCCAAAUAUCAUUUGGAAAGUGCGAUUCAUAUCAUCGUCGACACCCUCAAACAGGCUACCGAAAAAGCGGCGACGGAGAUAAAAACCUUUAUUACUGAUUCCAAAAUUGAUGAAUUGGCUGCAGCGUCCAAUGCAGCUGAACAGCUUGAAGAAAAAUUGGGACAAGCGCUCGCCAGGGGAUCAGGCGAAGAAAGCGCCGCCACCGCCGUCGACACCUCGAUCACGGGGGUGACUGAAGAGCUAAAAAAACAUUUUCCCGCAGAUAGUGAUAGCAAAGUUACGCUCGAAACAAAAACAACGUUUAAACAGUAUAACGGUUACGUCGAUCAAACUAAAAUGGGUGGUGCUCUAGAAGGCACCUCCGCUGAAGGCUCCCUCCCCAAGGCGAUCGGUAAUAUUGAAACGCAAGUGACGGACAAGCUUAAAGAAAAUAAUCUUGGAUCAGAAAUAGAUGAGCAAAAUACUUUCACCGCCCCCUUCUCCCAAAUCACCUCCAAACUCAAAGAAAUCGCCGGGCUGAUUGACAGCGAAAAAAAGGAUCCGGGUCCAGCACCGGGUGAUGGCCAGAAGAACGGCGUGAACAACUACCUGAAUGAUAUUACAAGUAUGCUUGGUCAAGUUUCUACUGUUAACCUCACCUCCGAUAUAAAAGAGAAGCACACCGACGUCCAAGGCCUCGCGCAUAUCCAGAGUGAACUGCAAAAACUCCACAUCCAGGUUCCGCAGGUUACCAACCUACUCAUGCAACUCUGCAGCACCGUCGGCAACAACGCGUAUUACGCUAAGAAGUCUCUCACUCAGCUGAAAAAUGAGUAUUUCGUAAAAUCAACAGAAGCUAAAAACAGCAUACUGAAAAUCUACAGUCAGCUCGACGACCUCCACAACGAAAUCAAAGUCGGCCCUAUCCAUGACGCCGAAGAGUUUCUAAAGUUCGCCGAGCAAGCCGAACAACACUUUAGUAAGAUACUCAAGGAACAGGUCGAAAAUGAUAUUAAAGACGCCGAAAAAGCCCUCACCUCCCACGCCCGCUGGCAGUACGUCGACUCCAUAAAGUUCCUGCUCCAGGCCUUCGCUGAAAAAGCGCAAGACGAACUGUCACCAUUGCCAAAACUCAUCGACACCGACUUGACGAUUGGCUUCAAGGGUUUCAUGAAAGCUGUCGAGGGUGAAGUUACGGAAGGUAAAACCACCGGCCAAAAUAUUGAGAAGCUUAGCAGUCUGGCAGCCGACCCCGUUGAUUCGGCGGAGCGAAAGAACAAAGUAUUUGCAAAAUUGUCUUCAAACUUCAAGGCAUUCUGGUCACCCCUCGCAUCCUAUGUCAACAAAGAAAUAGUAAGACUUAACGAAGAGGAAAACAAGAAAAAACAUCCCGUCGUCAAGGAUGUCUAUGGCUACCAUGGACAGCUCAUUACAAUUUACGACACAUUUAAUGAGCUGAUGGCACACAUUCAUAGAACACAUAGAUAUGACCACAUCCUGCCAGGUAUGCUUGAUAAAGUAGACGCUGCGCUCAGCAGCCUCAAACCUGACGGUUUCGCCAAGCCGAGCAGUCCGGUCAUCGACGGUCUCAUUGCGGGGCUCACUCACUUCAUCGGUGAAAUGCGUAGAGUUUACAUCUCAGCAUAUGAUAGUGAAACGUUUGGCGGUGAGUUGGUGAAAAAUCCUCAGCGUGAAAAAUCUGAGUUAACUAAGGAAGGCCGAAACGUCGCCAAAACGUUCCUGACUUUACUGGCGACACUGUUCCACGACCUCGACCGGUUGAGAGGCGAAUGUAGAAGUUUGAGUAAACAGAAAAUCAACCAAUCCACUGACCUCGGAAGAACUAUGAGAGGUCUUGGUUACAGCGUUUCUGUCGAUAAGCAGGACGGUGAAUUGCAGAAUAAGGAGACAGUGCUCGGUGAGAACGUAUAUAAAAGAAUUUUGUGGCCGAUAAAGGAGGCAGAUGGAAAUGAGCAUCUUGAGAGAUGUGAAUCGAGAGAUCACGUCAGAAAUGAUAAGUUCCACCUCUUAGACAUUCUUAACUGUAUCUGCAGUCACGUGGAAGAGUACAAUCAGGUUAGCCACUGCGCAACCUUCGCAGCUAAAAGACAGCCAUGUAGUGUGUUUGAAAUGCUUAUAUGGUUUGCUGGACUGCCGUACAACAACGCAUAUGCUGAGUUGAAGUCCGACGGUUUCACUGACCUCCUGGAUAACCCUGCCAAACCGCUCACCGAUGAUGACGACAUCAUCGUAUACGACAUGGAUUCGUUCUACAUCGAUGCGUGUCCUAGAAAGUUCACAUAUAAGAAUAUCAGGACCGUGCUACACCAUAUUUGUACCAAAUCCUACGACAUCCUAUGUGCUAUCGGAGGCCACGGCGAUGCUGACACCAUUUAUGGCAGCGACUAUUGCAACAACUCCUUCGGUAUGAAAUACCCCCAAAGCGGCGGCGAUUGUCUCCAGAUGUUCUUAGAUGUUCUUCGUAGAAUCUUACCGCCGCUUAGGUACUUAUUCAAGCGAUGCGGUGUAAAGGCGGACCAAUUCGGGUGGAGUGACUGCCUAUACGGUAGGGAUGUAGCCACAGGCAAAUCGCAAUGUAACGAGCAUUCUAGCGAUAAACCAAAGUGCCAACCUACGUCCCCGCUAAUGAGCUACUUAAAUGACUGCCUGCCAGGGCAUUUACCACAUCAGGUAAGCGCUAUUGGCUGCAAGGCUGAAUGUAAAACAUGCCCUACCUCCAAACCAGGAAUGCCGUGCUUAACACCGCUUGGCUUCAGAGGGUUUUCGGGAUCGACGCGUAAAGGUUGGGAUUUGUAUGAAAUCCUAAGUUAUUUCUUCGGCACCAAUCUAAUUUCAUCGCUGCUAUGCGUCGUUACGAUACCGCCGUCUACGUUGCCUGAGCACUUUGGUUUCGCUUUGUCACUUGUUAAUAAGUGGCAUGAAUCUGGUACUCAUCUUAUUAAGGACGCAUUCCAUUUGUCCACUCUCAGCAGAUCCAUUGGCCUAUAUGAUCAGACUGCCACACUGACCGACGCACUUCGUAAUGCGUAUGGUAGCACUCAGAAUGGUCAUCCAAAUCGUGAAGUCAAAUGUGCUGACUUGUCAAGUUUGUCAACGUCGACAGCAAGUGCGGAGCAAACUGCGUACACCGCUCCAUACCUUCAUUCACUAUGCUACGAUGCCUACUACUACGUAGCCAAGAAACACGUGAACGCUUACCUAUCGUGGGCUCUAUAUCUACCAUGGGAUCUACACAAAUACCUUGAAAAUUUACAUGACGCAUUGAAGCAUAUUUUCUGCCGUGAUUGGGGAUGCAGCACGUGCCUCCUUGCUGACAAAUGUAAGAAAGGCGAACACGGUAUUAUUGAAGGGGCUUGCAAAUGCUCCUCCGUCGUCAGCUGCAGAGGCGUCAUGCCUACGCUGUAUAAAUACGGCUUCGUUUUUGAAGACGCUAAGAGUUUGACCGCAUCCGAAAAAACAUGUUUCGCAUUUAUACAGCAAGUCCAAAACGUCAUUAGAUCAACAUACUUCACGGAGUUGUUCGACAGAUGUGACGAAUUUCUCUUCGUCAUCCGCGCACCUUUCUUGUGGAUGACCGUCGCGCUCUGGUCACUAUCCCUUUUCUACCUAAUCUGCGUAAUGGUGGGCAGACUGGAUGUGCUCCACAUACGCUCGCACCUGCGAACACCGUCGUCGCACAAGAUAACAGCGCAAUCACUGUUGGCGGCAGCGCAAGUCGGAAGGCUUGCCAAGAUAUCGUACCUGCAACCGUAA